AACUGGAUGAAGCUUUCCUUUCCUCCUUUCACAAGCCAGCGCAUUCUCCCUUAUCAAAAAUGCCAGAAUCUGCACCUGGCACCCUGGGCCAAGGCGUGCGCUUCCUGAGAAACAUCCUCAAUGGCCGCCAUGCGCUCUCCAAGCUCAUCCCCAUCGCGCUCUGGCUGGCUGACGCGCUUGGUUGUGGCUUGAUCAUAUGGAAGAUCCCAUAUACUGAGAUCGACUGGGUUGCGUACAUGCAGCAGAUUUCGCAGUUUGUAUCGGGCGAGAGAGACUAUACCAAGAUGGUGGGCGAUACUGGUCCCUUGGUGUAUCCAGCGGCGCAUGUCUACACUUACACGGGACUUUACUAUAUCACGGACAAGGGCACGAAUAUUCUUCUGGCGCAGCAAAUAUUUGCUGUGUUGUAUAUGGCUACGUUGGCAUUGGUAAUGCUCUGCUAUUGGAAAGCCAAAGUCCCUCCGUACAUGUUCAUCUUCCUAAUCGCCUCUAAACGACUUCAUAGCCUCUUCGUCCUACGAUGUUUCAAUGACUGCUUCGCCGUUUUCUUCCUAUGGCUGACCAUCUUCCUUUUCCAGCGCCGACAAUGGACCGUUGGAAGUCUGGUGUAUUCUUGGGGUCUUGGGAUCAAAAUGUCGUUACUGCUGCCUCUACCUGCCAUUGGCGUCAUUAUUUUCCUGGGUAGAGGACUAUGGCCUAGCCUUCGUCUCGCAUGGCUCAUGGCACAGGUCCAGUUCGCCAUCGGAAUUCCGUUUAUCACCCAAAACCCUCGUGGGUAUGCGGCUCGGGCCUUUGAGCUGUCACGACAGUUUCAAUUCAAGUGGACGGUCAAUUGGCGCAUGUUGGGCGAGGAAGUUUUCCUCAGCAAGUAUUUUGCUAUAUCUCUUCUGGCCUGCCACGUUCUGGUGCUCCUGAUCUUCAUCUCCAAGAGAUGGAUCCAACCGACUGGACGAUCGCUCUACGACCUGAUUCCCUCAUUCUUGCGACUCAAGUCCCCAUUUACCAUGCAGGAACAGCUUCGCAUCUCCCACUACGUCACCCCCGAGUACGUCAUGACUACCAUGCUCUCCGCCAACCUCAUUGGUCUUCUGUUCGCUCGGUCACUACACUACCAGUUCUAUGCCUAUCUCGCCUGGGCGACACCCUAUCUCCUCUGGCGAGCCACCGAAGACCCCGUCAUCGUGACAAUUAUCUGGGCCGCGCAGGAAUGGGCUUGGAACGUAUACCCCAGCACCGACCUCAGCUCAACCAUCGCUGUCAACACAAUGCUGGCGACCGUUGUGUUGGUGUAUCUGGGAACAGCCAGACUUGCCGUUCCUGUUCCCGCUGCCAGAGUCGGGAAUGUUGAUGAUAAGAACAAAUAGAUCUGGAUCUAGAAGUGCAUUUUCCUUUUCACUCAUCUUCGGAGUCACUUGGGGGCAUUUUUCCGACAUUGGAUUCGUCCUCGGAGUCGCUCAUGUCGUAUGUGUUUUUGACGAAUUCUUUGGGCCUGCGAUAGACUUGAUUAGCCUAGUUCAUUUCAGACGAAUAGAUACCACAGGACUCACCAAUAAGACUGUUUGCGCCAGGCCUUCUCAUCACGGACAACGUUGACGAUUUCUCCCUCUGCUCGAGUAUCCUCCUUGCCGUCUUCGUAUCGUUCAGCCAAGGCAAACCCGCCACGCUUGAUCCAAAUGGUGUUUCGAAAUCGCUGGGCCAGUUCCAGUACGAGGGUUUUGCCGUUUGGAAGCUCACAGCUGUACAGGUUAUUUCCUUCAGGCUUGACAACGCGGACCAGAGAUUGGUUGGGCUCGAGAGUGUCGGGGGGUGUCAGGGCAGCCUCUGCGGCCGCCAGAACAUUUCGCUUCGGACGUCCCAUCGUGAAGUUUAUAUCGAUUGCUAUCAUAUAAAUGUCUGUCUUUGAAUUUUCUAGACAUGAAGGACAUGGAGGGGCUGCUUGGAGGGGCAGAUACCGAUAGAGCGAUAUACCUUGAUAGACAGAAUAGCUCCAA